AUCUCUCCUUUCUAGGUUGCUGCUCUCAACCCAAACAUGUGGCCAGAAAGUGUCUCGUUUUUGACGCAAGCACUGUCGUGCGGGUAGAGUAACUCCAAGGCAAUUUGCAUUUCGGAAAAGAAAAUGCCAAAGAAAAAGAAAAAUCUUGGCGUGAGCCCAUCGAGAAAAAACACAAAUCCAGAGACGAUUUGUGCUACCAAUGCCUCGUCCUCACCAGCUUCGCUACAUGAGAUCAAUAAAGAAAAACUUUUCAGCGGACUUUCCGAAAUGUUCUCGGACCUGGAUCCGACUGUCAUCUACAUGAUGCUGUCUGAAUGUGAUUUCAGAGUGGAAGAGACUAUGGAUUAUCUACUGGAAUUGUCCACAGCGGCUAAGGAUACAGUCUGUCCAUCCAAAGCCUCAGGUUUUGAUUCCCUGUCCGCGCUGCUAGUUGGUGAAAAUAACUCAAGCCGUAGUACUCACGAACUUGAGGGCAACGAUACUACUGCAAUUGCGAAGCCUGGCAAAGAAUCGCAGCAUCCCUCAUCCUCUGAAGAACUGGCACCCUUGAUAGAGAAUUCUCUUGAGGGGGGCAGUCGAAAAAGUGAAGCAGAGGAGUCAGAAAAGGAUCGUCUCUCAGGUAGCCUGACUCUGGCUUGGGACCACAACAAUUCCAAUUGCACCGAAUUAGGUAUCGAAUCCAGUGGAACAGCAAUAGAAAACUGGUUCCCGGCCUUGAAACCAAGUUAUAAUGAAGCUGCUGAGUCGACGUCCAUAUCAGAGAUUGAGACGAAGGAUAUUUUGACCCAAACCCCAGAGAAUUGCAGUUUGCCAGAAGUUGUACUUGAUAGCGGUGCCGUUUCGGAAAUGGUGACAUUAGCCGACAAGGGAGAGUCUUACACUGAGCCACACCAAAUGCACAAUGUCUUAUUUGACUUUAAGGCAGUAAGCACCCUCACCACUCAACACCAUCAGGUUUUUGCAACAAUAGAGACGAAUGCCUUCUCUAGUUCUCACGCGUCUUCUCGGGCGGCUGAGGGGCAAGAAAACAUCGUGACUUUCUGUCAUAACCUGAAACAAUUUUGCGUCCCUGACCUGUGCACGGGAUCCGGUGCGAAAUCGGCACCUUUGUCGAAGGAGACCGAUCCUUCUCGGCGAACGUGGAGUUCUCCAUUUUCCCUGUUUCAGAAAUAUCCUCAGCAGCUUAAUUUUUAUCCCGCUUUCGAAUCCCAGUGUAGAAAUCACAGCUUUGUGACUCCCAUCGCAAUCAGUCCCGGGAAAUGGAGACCGGCUUUGGAUGGGAGGAGCCAAGGAAAGAGCUUUUGCUCUCCGGAAAUGUCGACAUCCUGGGAUGUUGUGCCCAAGAGAUAUGGGAAUAAAAACGGGCGAGAAAGACAUCAUUUUCCUCAAGUCCCCCAACUGCCUGGGGGUCACAUCACGAACAGGAAGACCUUCGCAGGGCACGUUCUAGUUCUCCUUCGAGGGCUUCCGGGAUCGGGCAAAUCCUAUUUAGCAAGGGUUUUGCUUGAGGAUAACUGUGGUGGGAUCAUUCUUAGCACAGACGACUAUUUUUGUCAAAAGAACGGGCACUACCAGUUUGAUGCCGACUGCUUAGCAGACGCACACGAGUGGAAUUGGAGACGCGCCAAAGAUGCCUUUGAGAAAAGGAUCACUCCUAUAAUCAUAGACAAUACAAACACGCAGGCUUGGGAAAUGAAGCCUUACAUUGCUUUGGCGAAAUGUUCAUGGUGUAUCUAAAGAAAAGAUCAAAAGAAUGUUGGAACGAUAUGAACAUUGCCUGACUGCUAAUUCAGUUUUGAAUUCUUCAAUCUCAGAUGACAUGAGGAAGCGUGAAACCAGUGGGGAAGUUCUUCAUCGCGAGAAAAGGCAGGGGAAAGAAGAACAGGAAGAACAUUUUGCCUCCCCUUUGAAAAGCGUAGAAUUAAAUCCAGAUGAAAAAGCUACUUUAGAAGAAGUUAUGGCAGACGAUCAGAGCCUUCAAAAUGAAAACAGAAGAAGAGCGAGACAUGAUUUACAAGAAUCCAGUUCUGAAUGUAGAAUAGAUGGCUUGGAUGCUGCUGUGUUACCAGCAGGAAUCAAAAUGGAAUCCAUUCUUGAAGCAGAGUUAAGACCAAUCUCGGAUUCCAGUGAAAAUACUCUGUCGUGCAAUAACAGUGAGUUGAAGCUUCAGAUGGAAGCAACUGCGUAUCAUGAAAUAACGGAGCCAGAAUUCACAGAAACACAACAUGAAGAUGGAGAUCUAAAUUCUGGCAGGUCAAUACAACCCAAAAUGUUAAACUUUGUGGGAGACUGGCCAGUAGAACAAACUUUGGGCCAAAGGGUGAAAAGAAUUAAAAGAUUAGAAAAACGGGCCAGGAAGGACAAAGGAGAUUUAAGUACGCCGAUAUCUACUCUUGAUUCAUUCAAAAAUACAAAUGAAGAUAAAGCAUCCGAUUGGAUAGACAGCCAUCAGGACCUGCCACUUUCUGAAGACAGGGGUGAAGACAAAUGUGAAGAGAGCAACUGUAACUUUCCUUCUACGUCGGUGCCUGAGGUUAAUGCAGAAGUCCAUACCACAGAAUUGCUGAUGGUAGGAGACUGGCCAGUCCAAACUUUACAGCAAAGACAACACAAAAUGAAAAGAAAAACCAAGCGAGACAUUAGCGAGUCAGGUGGAUUAGGAAAUAGUCAGGAUGACGUCAGCAUGGGUGAUGGGACCGCGACGUCUCAGCUGAACGAAACGUCUGCAGAUGUGGAAGAGCAGGGGGCCUCUUCAAAGGAGGAACGCAUUCCAGGAUUUGAGAUCACAGCUUCUGAACCUCUUGGUGAGAAAAAGCCAGUGCCGAAUAAAAGAACGCGUAAGCAUCAUAAAUUGGCUUUAACAUUUACCAACAAUUCGGCCCUCCACAAACCAGGGGAGCCACCGUGCACUUGGGCUGAAGAAAAACCCAACCCGUGGGUUGUGUCCCAGGCUACCAAAUCUUCGCAGACGGAACCACGAGAUUUCGCCCUCCUGUGGAGGCUGGAGAGAGAGAUUGUCUUUUCGGAAGAUACCAAAGUCUUACACGGCAGACUCGACGGAUUUGUACCCAAGAGGGUUGACGCGGUCCCGGAUUGUCCAGACAAAAUACCCUACAAGGUAACCUACGAGAGAAGCACCUACGUAGAAGAAAGGGAGCUGGUGAGGGUCGAUGAAUCCGAGAACCUCAAUAUUUUGUGUAAGCUCUUUGGGUCUCUUUCGUUCGAUGCCAUCAAAGAUCUGUAUGAACGAUGUAACCGAGAUAUGGACUGGGCUACGGGACUCCUGUUAGACUCUGCCGAGAAGCUCUGCAAAGAAGACGACGGCGGAGCCCUGCAGGAAACAGGGGUUCGGCUCCCGGAUGUGUCUCUUCCUUCGAAGAGGCACGCUGCGCAUGAAGACAGAUUUGCGGGUUCUGUGGCAGUUCCUCAACCGACUGCGGUUUCUAGGAUUAUUCACCAAUCCGAAAUAGCCAAAGUCCCCCUUGGUGAUGACAGUGAAAAUGUUUCUGGGCAUCCUACAGGACACGGCAUACAUUUUUCUUCAGGAGAAAACGGAGGUCCUUUGAACGGGCAAACAGAACAGGGAAUUUUUAGGGGGCUAUCAGAGAAUGAGCCGCAAAGGACGUCUUUGGUUAAUGAAAUGGACGUCGCCGUUCCUGAUGAAGUUGACGGCCCUUUGAAAGCCACCUGUGAUGGGGAAGAAGAUCAGCUUGGAGCAAACUUCCAGGAGGCUCCGUUUCCAGAAGAGAUCUUGGAUUUGAAGCUAAUGGAAGCGACGGAUUCGAGCGUUGCAGAAAGCCACACAUUUGAACCAUGCAGAAAAAUGGAUUGUAAGCCCGGCAUUGUGGUUCCGACACAAAGGGAGAAGAACAGCCCCGAUCAAGACAAUGGGGCAAUCCAGUUGCAGGACUCCGUAUCUCACUCCAAGUCCGUGACCAUAGAUUGUCUCGAACUGGUCUUGGCUCCGGAAUUCGCCAUGCAGUUAAGUGAAAUAUUUGGACCAGUUGGAGUUGAUGCAGGUAAUAACAUCACUGACUAUUUUACUUAAAUAAAAUAGUGAGUUGAUUCUGAACAGGGAACUGAUGAUUGUAUAUACUGUGUUUCCCUGAAAAUAAGACAGGAUCUUA